AUGAAGAUCCAGAUACCGAAGGAUGAUAAUUAUAUACUCAUGCUGGAUAAGAUCAGUGAGGAGGAGAAAUUUUUCAUCCACGUUUUGUCAACAUGUGACGAGAAGAACCUGAUUGACCACCUGUUUCCCUUUGUCGACUGGGUGUGGCUGAAGUCAGAUUUGAUAGCUUGGGCGCCCGUGCUGAAUCGGUUCGACGAUCUCCUGCAGAGGUACAUUGUGCAUAAUAAGUUAAGUCGGGAGGAGAGUUGCAUUGCCAAAGGUGGUGGGGGGGUGGAUGCUGGCCAGGGGGAAAAAAGCAGCGAUAGCCCCACUAAAAAUGACAGUCAGAUCACAAGUCAAAAAAAUCAUGAUCAGGUGAAGGAACCCCCCGGGGAAACGUUCGUCCCGCCCGAUCUGCUAGUCGAGCAAAUACUGAGAUUCACGUACCACAUCCUGGACAACUGUCUAAGCAAAUCGAAGUACAACUCGUUGGACCAUUUGCUCGUUCUCCUGUGGAGCUUCAACCCGAAGAUAUCCAUCCUGUCGGCAGAAAUAUUAAACAUAUACUAUCUGUUUAUAAAAAAAACGAAGAAGAAUGAAAACAAAAUAAAUCAAAUUGUAAAUAUCCUGUCAGCGCUAAUUAAUAUUCCGGUGCCCAGUUUUUUACACCCCUAUAUAAAUAACGACAUAGGACGGAUAAAUGAUAACAACUACAUUUCUGGUUUAGUGCUGUACUACAUGCAUGACUCUACGGAUAAGCGUUACAUGCAGAACGUGUACAGCAAAAUAGAUAAUAGGUACCUCAUCGACCUCAUCGAUUAUGACCUAAACCUGGACAAUGUUACAAUUGACGUGGAAGAUCACGAGAUCCCCUUCACGUCUGUCUUCCCCAAGGAGGUAAAGUAUAGUAAAGCGAAGGAAGCCCUACAACAGGCAUACGACGCCAUCAUGAAUAAGUACCAAAUAGAUGAAAAAAAAACCUUCGACCUCAGACACAAGUUAAGAAUCUACAUCGGAUUAAUAUGUCCCAAGUACAGAAAAAAAUUAUUCAACUUGAGGUACCUAAUCAUUUCAGGUUCCUUGUCGAUAAACUCCAUUUUGUAUCCACAAAUUAUUCCAAGCAACACUAUAUUUUUACAGGAAAUUUUGUACCUACUAAAGUAUCACAAGUUUGUUCAUUUUAAUACGCUGCACAUAAUCUUUGACCUGCUAACGACGGCGAUAGAAUCCCAUCUUCAUUACAAAGUUGUGUCUGACAUUUUGGGUCUACGAUUGCACAGUGGUUUAUUUAUCAGCGUUUUUAAAUACUACCUGAAUUAUUUUCUAUCCACUUAUACAGUGCAGAAGGAUAUCUGUCCUCUGCACAUUAUGAAUGAAAGCCCAGUCGAAAUAUACAGCACCAAUGACAUCAACACGUUAUACUUGAAAAAAUGUCAAGACGAAAAGGUGAUAAGCACGUCUUCCCCCCCGCUGCAGGGCGGAACUGUGCACACGCCUAGAAUUGGUAACGUUGUCACGCGGACGAGUAUUUACAGCUCCCUGAGUGAGCUCCUACCGAACGAAAAUGCGGAUCAACCAACCACGCAACAGUACAGUCACCCUGUCGUAAGUGGUGCUCCCUCACAUGAGGAGGCAGCUACCCAUUUCCCAAAUGAUCAUCAGGACGCCACGCAAAAUGGGGGAGAAAAUUGUCCAAACGAUACGCAUGGCGUGAACCAGUUAAUAAGCACCCCCAACGGCAAUUCGAUAAUCAAUGCGGAUGCGUUCCGAGGGGAAGAUAACCCCGUCAGUAUUGACUAUGGUGACCCCGCAGGAGUGAUCGGGACAAUCUCCCCAUUUGUGAACAACCCCCCUAUCAGUGGGAACAUAAAUGUUGUGCAAAAUCAUAACAUCUUUGACUACGUGAGUAAUGAAGGUGAUACGAAUAAUGAGGUGGAUUCUACGCAUGUGAGGGAGCCACCCAACGUGGGAAACUUGAAUGUAUUCGACUUCAUGAACAACGCGGAGGAAGGUGACCUAAUAGGUGGUUCCCCCACGGAUAACAGGCUAACCAACCAACCCACCAAUCCAAACGGAUUGAAGGAAGAAACGCAAUACGAAAAUUACAUCAGUGAAGACGUAAUCAUAAGCAAUAUAAAAAAUUGCAAGAAAAAUGGCGAAAGUGAAUUCAUAAAAAUUACAAAAAAAAAUUUUAAGGAUUUUAAGAAGAAGAAAAAGCAAGUAUCCAUGAUGCUACAACUAUUGACCCUGUACCAUACGUGCAUUAUGGAGCCGUGCCCAAUUCUUACCAUAGCGCAACAAAACACGCUAAAAUUUUUCCCCCUAUAUUUGCAAGACAGCUACACGAAUAACCUACCAAUUGUUCAUUUGUUACUGAGAAUUAUGGAGACGCUGUUGGACUUUACGCCCAACUUUUAUUUCACUGCAAAGAAUGAAGAGGAGCUGUACAAAAUAUUACUGUCUCGUUUUCAGUACGAAAUAUUUAUGAUGUCGGACAGUUUUUACCACCUGAAUCGGGAGCACUUUCUGAGGUUCUAUUUCGAACCGUUCGACUAUCGAGGGUAUGACUGCACAUAUGUGGAGAACGAGGAGGAGGCCCGUCGUUACGAAGGGGAUGUGCCUUCAAAGGGGGAGGAGGUGGUACAGGUGGUGCAGGUGGUGCAAACGGAUGGAAAGGUGAACACCGAAAUGGUGAUCACCCACCCGGCGGUUGCUUCCGCCCAGAAUAGCCUCUUCUCCAAGCGCAAUGAAAAGCUAGUGAGGCUAUUCCAAACGUAUGACAUAAAUGAGAGCGCCACGGAGGAGACCCUGCUGAACAGGUUCACCUUCUGGUGGAAGCUUCACAUAUAUGAAGAACGGGUGAAAAUCAUAAAGAUGAUUAUAAAGGCGUUGAACCUGGCUUUGAAGGGCUACUCCCCAACGGAUACGCUGCUGGACAUAUUUACAAAUAAUUACAUCUCCGUGAAGAUUAUUAAGUACAUUUUAAAAUACCCACAUAAAUUUGGCCUCUGCCUGUACGGCUACAUACUAGGCUUUAUAUAUGAACACAUAUAUGAAGACCCAACCAUUUUGUCCACCCUGUUGAAGGAGGGUCUCUUAAACAUUUUACUAAACAGCAUAGUAGAAGAUAACUUGAAAGACGAAACAGUGUUGAUCUAUGUGCCGUCCCUUCUCUCCCUAAUGUUUAUUCACAGCAUUGGAAAGUCAGCCAUGAAGAAAUUGAAUUACUCCCCCAUAUAUAACCUUUUCCAUUAUAUGAUCAAAAUAGAUUAUUUUUUUUUCGACAGAUUUGGUGAUAUAGCUGUUUCGAUAGGGAACAUAAUCAACGAGCUGGAAAACUACGGCUUCGUGAUGAAAGAUUUCCUUACCUUUCAUGUGAAGUUACUGAAGAAGUUAUAUUUGGAGGGCCUAAACUUGGGUUACUGGAGGUGUUUGGAUUAUGACUACGUGCAGAAGUAUGUAGAGGCGUCCGUAAAACAGUUGCACCAUGUUCAAUUGAAGGAUCUUAACAUUGAUCGGUACAAACAUAGGAAGGAUAACUUCUUCUUAGACAGAUUAUCCAUCCUGUGUCGGUCUAUCCUAUCGUAUAUGAAGACCUCCUGGAUUAAAUCCUUUUUAAAGUUAAACGGGCUUAAGUUUCUAAUGGCCUGCACCAAUUUGAUAAGCCUACCUCCCAACUAUAUACACAUUUUCGAGUAUCACUCCAUUUAUACGUUCGUGAUGAAGGUAUAUUUGUAUGCCUCCUUUAAGAAUGUUUACAAUCAGUUCUUGUACCCUCUGUACAACUACAGCAACUUCGUCUCCUAUGUGCAGUACAUCAGUUUGUUGCUUUCGGGUUCUUUCUACUUCGACCUGGGUGACAACGUCGUGGUGGUUAAACGGUCUGCUCUUCUCGCAGGGGAAAUGGCAGAAACGACUAGAACAAAUGAAGCACAUGCAUCUAUUGGAGCGCCCGGCAAACCUUUCCAGCGCGGAAGCAAGUACCUCAGGACGGACUUCUUCGCUGGGCCUUUCAUCGAUCGGAACCAGCUGCUCCUCUGCAAUAUCACGCAGCUUUUCAACAUCCUGUACUUCCUAAUCUCAGCCUACACGGACUCCAAAGGGCUCUACAGCAACGAGGAGAAGCUCUACGACCUAUCAGAACUGUCAAACAGAAAAAUCUUGGAAAUAUUUUCAGACGUCCUCAUAACGAUUGAAAGCGUGUUCGACUUUUACUUUACGUUGUAUUUCCACCAGACGAAUGACUCAAACCAGAACAUGUUUUUGCACCUGAAGGAUAAGGUGUGCAUCCAUGAACACAUUAAAAGAACACUUCGAAACAGCCAAAAUAAGUCGGAUUAUCUGCUGUACAAUUUGUUCGGAUCGAGUCGCUCCCUCUUCUGCUAUUCCAUUAAUAACAACCUGUACGUAUUGAACCCGGAUCAGGGAAGAACGCACAUCCUUUGUGACCACGACAAUGCAGAUGAUUACAAAAGGACGGAUCACCUCACUGGAUUGGAUAACGAAGACAGAGUCUAUAAGGCCAUUUACAAAUACACCUUUUCGCAGGUCCUCACUGAAUUUAACACCUUUAUGAAUAAGAGUAUGAAAAUGCCAUCCGACAUUGUAUCUUUUAAAAAGAAGGAAAAGACCAAAUUUCAGAAAUACUUUUCAAGUUCCGAGGAAUCAUUUGUCGGGGUACAAACAGGGAAGAGGAAAAAUAAUCCGAACGUAGCGAACAAUCAGAAUGAUAACGACGCAGGGGUGAUAACCCACCCUGUUUGUAAUAAUCCAACAGAUCAUUGCAACCCGGUGAAGGGGACUCAUCUGUCGGGAAGCAAUCCUCUUGUGACUGAUUCCCCAGGUAUCCAAACGAGUGAGUUAAACGCGCAGAGUAUUGCAAAUAUGUACGGAGCAUACCGAGAGAGCAAUUCUAUGGAAUAUCACUUUGCUGUGAAGAGUAAACAGGAAGGAGUAAAUAACGACACAAGCAUGGGCGGCAAUGACAGUGGUGCUUCUAAGAGCGAAUUCAACGAUUACUAUAUUGAGGACAAGAACAUCCACAUGCACACGCGCCUCGCGUAUGACUCGAAAUACGUGCUUUGCGAAAGUCUCAGAUCUCUCCUAGUGGUAAUUAAGAAAUUUUUCAUCAUGAUUAAUUUAGCCUGUCAUACGAGGCAGCUGAAAUUGAAGCCCACCCCCAACUAUAUCUUCUACAACGUAAUUCAGCAGAAGCACAUUCUGUGCAUCAUUCGAUGUUUAACCAAGUGCAUGAUGAAUGUGCCGGUGGUGAGUAAGCCCAUUCAGGAGAACCCCUACCUCACGGGGGGUGCAACGAAACGCGUGUACAGAGUGCUUUCUGACCACAUAACUGUGGAAAAAAUCAACUAUUUGAGCGAACCCAGUGAGAACCAACCACUGUCAGCAGCAGCACCCUCAUGCGUAACGAUGAAUGACGUUGGCAACGUCAACCGUGAGUCAGUCGCGCAAAGUGCCUCCAAGAACGGAGCCAAGAAAUGGCCAAAGGUUGGAACGAAGAUGAACUAUAUUCCAUGUGAAAACAUCGCUGAAGCAAAUCCCUUCAAUGAGCACUUACCCAGCUGUGGUAACGCCACUUUUGCAACGGAGAGGGACACACAACAGAAGAAUCUCAACCUGUAUGACUAUGCGUACACCUCGUUCACCAGCCACCAUGUAGAGAAGAUAGAAAAUUAUUACCCCGAGCCGUUCUACAUGGAGGAAAUUCUUUUCAAAAGAUACAACUUUAACUUUUCCCUGAUUGACGUGGUGCCGAAUAGGGAUCUUCACCAUAGUGAUCAGUUUGCAACAGCGGACAAGGGACAGGUGCAAAAUGGAAAUGCAGGUGCAUGUGCGGGUACAACGGGAGAUGCCUUUUCCACUUUCCAUGGUGGGAAUGUGGCCACACCCCCGUGUCGGGCAAACAUCCCCAGUCACGAUUUGAGCAAGUAUAACAAGUCGUACAUUUGCACCAGCGUUCGGGAGGCGGACGGGACCUACCGCGUUGUCCACCACAAUGGUAAUCUCAAUUUUGUGAAUUUCCCAGAGGAAAACACGAACGGAGCAUACCAAACGAAUCAUCAAAGGGGUUGCGAAUCGAAUGAGCAGAACAACCCAAGUAGUAGUAACGACAGCCCGGGCAAAAAUACAGAAGUAAAGCAUCUACCCAAGGAGAGGAAACUCUCCCCAGUGAAUAUCAGCAUAGAACAUUACAGCCCGAUGAAAACGGUAAAGUACAUUGCAGAGCUAAUCAACAUCCUUCACAAACUACUGUCCGAUAAUAAACUGGAAUUUAUUAGCUACUUUUAUUUCCUAGAUUUACUAUACAAAGUGGGAACUUUCGACUUCAUUUUUAACAUGUUUAAUUAUGUGAUGAGCGUGUACAUAUCGCUGCUGGCAUUAUACUACAAAAAGAAGAAGGAAAUGAAGAAGAAAAAAGAAAACGUGGGUGCGAAUUUUGUUACUUACAUUCCAAUUCAUAUGAGCAAGAAUUUUACCUGCACAAAUACCUACUUCGUUCGGUACGUAGUGAGGAUUAUGGAAUACUAUUCUGGUGCUGAUAUUAGUAUGCUAAAGAUUUACCUCCAAAUUGUGGUUAAAGGGAUAAGUGCCUUUCUGGACUUUUUCGUCAGCCUCAUCAAUAUUGGCAAGUUCAACUUGAUGCUCUUCUGCUCCAAGAUGCUGCACCCCCUCACGCGUUUACACAACGACUUUGAGAACCUCUCCCCGGGGAGUAAAGCGGCCCACAACGGAGCGGAAACGGCAACGGGGGAAUCACACAGUGGUGAUGUGCCGCCUACAAAUGGAACGACUGAAGCAAGCAACCAGUUGCACACUAACGAUAUCGCGCAAAGUCCCAGUAACGGUGCAGGUGGAGAGGCCAAUUUAUUAACACCCCAGGUGGAAGGACCAAACGAGUUAAACAGUUGCAAUGUGGAUGUGGGUGCAUUCCCCAAUUCGAGUGAAAUGAAGGAGAAAAAAAAACAUAACACCGAAGAUCAUCUUAGCAAAAGUAACAACCAAGCUAAUAUUGCAAAGGAGAGUGAGAAACAUGGUGACUUCCCACCUGUUGGAGGAAACACCGCCCCGCAAAAUGCAAAACAGAAUGCAGAACACACAUUCACGUACAACAACAACUUCGUUUUCUCCCUGGAUUAUUUCGACAUUGUUAACACGAUAAGGUCGGUGAAGUGCGAAAUAGCCGACAACAUAUUCAUGUGGCUGACCUACAUAAACAGUACAAGUGUAAAAAUUACAAACCUGGGGAAGAACAACAUAUACAUAAACUUUAACAACAAUAUAAUAUACACCCUGUUGAGGAUUAUUUUAAAAUUCAUUCAUCACUCUAUUGAAGUGGAACCGAAAAUGAUCGACUUCUGGGCGAAGGAAAAAUGCAAAGAUAAAAAAAACGUUGGUGGAAAGGAAAAGGAUAAGGAGAAAGAUAAGGAUGCAUUUAACUACCCCCAUGUUAACAUUUUAGAAGAAUGGGGUCUAAUGGGCUUUGACGAAAAAACCAUUUAUGACUGUUUGAAUUAUUCGGGUACCACUGAUCUAGAUUGUACGUUGAAUUAUUUGGAUAAGGCCAAGGAGAAGGAUUUCUUCCUCAACAUGGGAAAGGAUAAACUUCUUGGAGAGAGGAAAAACGUGGGUAGGAGAUCAUCCCCCUACUACGACUUCGACUACAACAGCAGUGAUGAAAAUUCUACCUCGGGUAAUAACAGAAGGGUGGACAUCCAAUUAGGGGUGAAUGAAAAUGGCAGCGAGGAGGAACUGAACGAUGCGGUGCAGGUUGGUGCGGAGCAGAACCCCAUCGAUGGGGGCAGCACUACGGGGGUUGAGCAUCACGUGGAUGAAAACGCAUCCCCACCGGCGCUCAUCCUGAAUGAUGUCCCCAAAAAUGGAAACGACAAGGAGGACAUAUUCCACCAAGAUGACAAGUACGUGUUGGAAAAGUUCCCCUUCAUGUACGAAAUAUUGAAGGAAGCAAAAGCAAAGUCAACGCAUGCAAGGGUGUACUACUACGAAACGAUUAUGGAUCCAAACGGCAAGAGGAACAUGAUACUAUACCUGCAAUAUUACUUAAAGUUAUUGAAGAAGAAUCUUUUCCUUACGUAUGAGGAGAAAAAUGAUAUCAAGCAAUUUUGGGACGAAGAAAAUUACUUGCUCCUUAGGCAAAUUAUCUAUAAGUACAUUUUUAAUAUGCUCAUAAAUAUUAUGAUAACCAUCCCAUUUAAUGAAGGGGGGUACACGAACCUUUUCCUGAGCUUCCUCCUCAUCGAUAUUGACAAGAAGAGUGUAAAGCUGCUUUUGGAUCAUUAUAGAAAAACCAUCCACGAUAAAAACACCAACAAAAGUCGCAUAUUCAACCAUCAAGAUGUGAAGAUUAUCAUUCUGUAUUAUUUUAUUGAGAAUAUUUCCAAGAAAAUUAAAACGCUGAAAAAUGAUGAGGCCUUCCCCAUAGAACCAUUCUACCAUUGCCACCACCUGUUCAUGUACUUUAAUAAGAGGAAAAAUAAAAACGUAAAAAAUGGCGAUGACGGUGCAAUGAAACAGGAAAAGAAGGAUAACAAGAGUGCGAAUAAGAACAAAUUCGCGCAGAACAGAAAUGGACUCACAAGCAACAACGGUGGCGUGAUCCCCAUUUUGCCUCAAAACGCAGGGGCGAAUGCAGGCAACACCACCACGGUUGGAAACGGUAUAAACAGUGGUGUCAACGGAAAUGUGGCUGCAGUGGGGGGUGCCGUCACCGUGGGAAAUGGCCACGAAGCUGGCAACGAAACGGGUCAGACAUCAAGCAACACUGCCGGAAUGGGAACAAACGUCCAACAUAACAUCCAGACGAAUGGUACUACCUCCGGGGGAAACGCACUGAACAGUAUGCGGAACAUGCUCAUGAGCAGUACGAACAACCGCAGUAGAGUAACUAACCCAAUGAGUGAAUUUCUUACAGAGUACCAAAUGAACAACAACUACGAUGUUAGCAACCACAGCGAUGACAACGCGACUACGGUAUUCUACCCAGGCAGUGACAACGUGGAUGACAAAAAUUCAGUCAUAAAUAACAACAAAAAGGGUAAGGAAAAUAAUAACCAAGAUGCCGAAAUAGCGAACGAUGCAAAUGAUCCCACAGGUUGUAUCUACAGCACCAAGUAUAUUAAAGGAGACCUAGAUGUUAUAUAUGAGUCGGAUAAGGACAUGGAAAUAUACUCCUACCACUUUUGUCUCUACAUGCUUUUCUUCACGCUUUGCAACAUUAUUGAUAAGUAUACCAUAGCGAGGAAUUUAAUUUUGCACAUAGAUAGGAACAUCCUGGAUUAUUGCAUUUUCUUUUUACACAAAUUUAACGCGGCAUAUGUGAAAAACGUGGAAGCGAAUGUGAACUACUUCUUAACGGAGAGCAUAUCCCAACCGUGUUUAGCCACGUCCAGCUCGAAUGAUGAACAGAUGCUUUCAAAUGCCCAUGCGGGGGGAAGCUUCCUCCCCAGUGCGGAUUAUGAGGCGUCCGUAAACGAUAACGAUGCGGGGAAGAGAAAUCAAGAAAAGAAUAAAAGGAAGAGAAAAUUCAACAAAAUAAUUGCAGCAAGUAGGGCUACCCCUAACUCGAAUGAGCAACAGAACAACGGAUUAACGAAUGUCGACCUGUGUGAUGAGGGGGCCCUUUCGAUUGGCCACCCACCCCCUCAUUCAUUUCCACAUGGUAACAGUUUUGACAACGCCCCCAUGGAGGAUGCGAAUGAGUGUGCGCAAAAUGGGAGCCACAAAAAGUAUGCUUCUCACCAUUGCGAUGAAGUGAAUAAUGACUACGUGCAUCCAACGUGUGGCCAUGCUGACUUUGCCAACGUGGAGCAAGCCAACAACAACAGGGCAAUACUGCUGUCAGCGCAGAAGAGUGAGAACAACCUGGCCGAAGCCAACCCGAAGGAACAGAAAAUAAUAAACCACAUGUACAACAAAGGGUUGGUCAUAAAUAAAAAUAUCAAAACGUAUAACAUGCUGAUUCCGUACUGGAACUUAGCCGACACAGAUAUUUCCGAGGUGAACCAGAAAACGGCCAUCAAUUAUUCACUACAGGAAAAUGAGGAAAAUAAAUACAUCUCCCUGUACUCCAAACCGCCGUGCUUCUACACCCCCCUGUUCAUGUGCCUUUACAAAAUUAUCAUUAACUACUCCUUAUACAAUUUUAACGACAAAAGUAGAAAGGUAAUGAAAAAACAGAAGGAGGAAAAAACGAAUGAAGAAAAGUGCGGCACAAAUAUGGUCAAAAAUGCACCAACCGGCAAAAUGGAGAAGGCCAUCUGGCUAAAUGAGAAGAAAAAUUUCAGCAACAAUGUGGCCGCCAACACGAGCACAGCAACUGCGCAAAUUACUCAUGCCGCACAGACGAUUACAGAGAACAUCCGAUUUAUGUCAUCGGAAAAACAACACAACAUCAUAAAAAUAUGUAUCGACACGUUGUAUUUUUUCAAGGGCUACAACGCACAACUGUGUAUGAGCAUUUUACAGAUAAUUGAAUACUUGACUACCACGUACAGCAACGUCAUUUUCUUCAUUUCGUAUGCGCCGCCAAAUGUGUAUAGGAACUUUGGGAAGGUGUUCCAACUGGAGGAAAGGAAGAUGCAAAGGAUGCAAGCUGGGGGGAAGAACCUAAUUAAUGGAGGCAGCACGAACGGAAGACCCAUCAAAGCAGAGGAACCUUCUCCGGGGGAUGUUCACAAAAGGGAGAACAUCAUCAAUGGCGGAAGCGUUAUGGAACCCCUUAAAGAUAAAAGUAGUAAUGGAACGUGUUGCCCCCCCAAUGCUGCAAGCAGUGAGCACCACGACUACGUCGGCCCCUUCGAACAGAAAUGCGACCCCCAUUUUGACUUGAACGAAUUGAUCCUAAAUAAUAUAAGCAGAAGCGGACUUGGAAUUCUCCUAACCAUUUCCAAACAAGCGAAAUUUAAGGACAUGCUCAUUAUCCUAAUAAACAUCCUCAUCCAAUGCUUCACCGACAACUACGUCAUCGCCAACCGAAUUGAAUAUAGCCUCAAGUCAUUCUUCCUAUCGCAUGGGAUCCCAGUUAAGUGCUUUAUGAGAAAGGAUGACCUAAAAGUUAUAGAGGAUCCAAAAAUUUCCAACGCAUUAGGUGUAUCAUUAAGUGAAUUGAAUGAGGCAUUAUAUCCAUUCAUUUUUAAGAACCCCCAGAUGUAUGAAGAAAUUCUGAGCUGUUUGUGUUUUUUUCCGAACCUGAAAUAUGUGAAGAAGGAUGAAGCGAAUGAUGUGCAGCAUCAGGUUAGUGACGCCGUUGAUUUGCUUUCGUUCAAUGGUUUUGGCAGCGCGGUUGGUGCGCAUAACGCAGCAGGGAUGACGAACGAACAAACGAAGGAGAAAAAGAACGGGGCAAAUGUGCACACAGUUUCGCAAAAUGGUGUCGAAAUUGCAAAGGGGACGAAAACGGAUAAGGCGAAAAGGGGAAAAGAUGGCGGGAAGGACCACGACCAAGAGGGGAGAAAUUCUUUCCAAAGUGGCACCAGCAACGGCCCGCUGAAUGGCGUAACCCAAUUGAACAAGAAGAAGGGCAAGUCGGUCAAAGAAAACAGUGCACAGCAAGCGACCACCCCCAAUGGCGACGGAAGUGGCGGAGGCAAGUUCUAUCUGAACCUGCUGCCCAUACCGGAGCACAUCAAAUCCAUUUACAUGCUCUCCGAAACGGCCAACAGUACGAAGUACCUGAGGAAGUAUUUCCUGAAGAACAAUUUUUACAACUUUUACAUUUUGGCGGUUCUGCUGGAUUUCCUGAACCUGUUCACCAUCAUCCAAAGCAAAACGAGGUUAGUAAAACUCAACGAAAAGGAAGAAAGGCUACAGUUUAACAAGAGGCUAAUGGAGAUUUAUGGAACGCAUUCCGACUUUGACACCGAACUGGAUUACAAGGUCAUGUACCCCUUCGCACUGACAGCAGAUAAUAUGCUCUUCAUUCUAAACCUAAUUUUUAAAACGUUCAAACAUUUGAUUGUUUAUUUGGUUAAGGUCCCCAAUUCUUUUAACCCCAAAAUUAUGAAGACGUUUUUUAUGAACGAAUAUGAUGAGCAUGUGUACGCUUCUAAGGUGGACACUCUGCAGUACAAUGAUGCGUCGGUUUGUGCGCAUUCUUUCCAGGGUAACACUACAUCGGGAAUGAAUCAAGAUACCUACAAUCGAGGUAAAAAUGGAACGGAUGUUUAUUCCAGCAGAUGUGGGGAAAUUACCCCCCCAAAAGGCCACCGCAACAGUUACAGCAGCAACGAUUUGAACGCCCUCAUGAAGGGGACCCCCGAAGAGGUUGCAUUUCCCGCCUGCAGCGAUAACCACGUAGGGGUGGAAGCCGCAACUGUAAUGCACAAAAUUGUGAAGCCAGAACUGAUCUCCAGUAGUCCUUAUACGUAUCGAGAAAUGUCGGAGUUUUAUUUACAGAAUUAUAUGCAGUACUAUGCCCUCUUCGAUUUAUCCAAGUUAACGUUUAGAAGUUGCCUCUUCCCGUUCCUGAUGGAAAAGGGGGCGUGCCAAACGGGAAGUAGUGGUAGCAAGGAGAAGGAUCUACUUGCAGGUUAUCUUCUCAGCGGAAACCACCCCAACAACCUGGUAUUUACACCCCUGCUGAUAUUUCUGUUCAAACGGAUAUUACCCCAAUUUAUAUGCCUGAGCCACCCGAGCAUCCACACGACCUACUCGCCAAAAAAAUUGGAGGAAAAAUCCAAGUGCACGGAUUACCAUUACCAGUCUGUUCUAAACAGCAACGAAUUCAAAAAUGUGAAUUAUGUUAAACACAUCAUCAAUUUUGUUCAACUCAUUUUUGAUAUUCACUCGUCUAGCUAUGAUGUGCAUAAGAAAGUGGUGCAGGAAAUUAUGCACCUCCUGAAGGUAUACAACAUUUUCCAGAAACGGAAGGAACAACAUUACUCUGGUAACGCAUCGACCAAUUGGAACAACAAUGUGUUCGCUACUCUCAUCGAUGUGUUCUCCUAUGCUGUAAGUGCUUUGCUAUACAAACUGGUCAACGAAGAACAAAAUAUCAAAAUAGAGAACAGCAAUCUGCUGGAGGAGAAGCACCUGCUCGGCGGCGGCAAGAACAUUUCCAAGGUGUUGGAGUUUACACAGAAGGGUGAGGAGGAACAGGAGGGUAGGAACAAUGGAAACGGUCCCAACCGCAACGACAGCGACGAUUGGGACGAUAGUCGGGGUGGGAACGGCGCGAAUGGGGGAAGUGGAAAUGGGGGAAAUCACCACGGAGGAAACUACAGAGGUGGUAAUCCAGGAGGUGGUAAUAACAAUGGUGGUAAUAACAACGGUGGUAAUCACAACGGUGGAAACCCGAAUGGUGGCCACCCCAAUGGAGGUAACCCCAACGGGGGCGGAGGCGACGAUCGCGAUGACGACGAAAAGGCCGAUAAGAAGGACGACAGCAAUAAGACGUUCACGUAUAGCAGGGAGCAGCUGGCCCACUUCCGCAUGGCUCUGUGUAGCUUACUAAACAAGUUGGACUACACGAAGGAAGACUUCGCCAACACAGCCACGUCCAUCAUUCGCUGUUUGUCCGUCCUGACAUCCGCACCUAUUUUGGGUCACCCCAUAAAAACAAAGAACAAUAAACUUUAUAUGCUAAAAUUGAACAAACUAAAUGAAAGGAAGAAUAAAAAAAUUAAAAAAAUCAAGAGGAAUAAGAGAAGAAAGAAUAUGUCCUCUGUGACUUUUUUAAAUCCAUCUUAUGUGCGCUUCCGAUCGGACUCGAGUAACAACAACUCUGCUGGCUCAGACAUCCCCUACUCAGUUGAUUCGGACGUUUCCUACGAGGAACACUUCAUUUUUGACAACGAUGAUAGUAACGAUGAGGAUGACCUUCGGUAUGAGUAUGAGGAGGAGAUGGACGACGAUUACGUUGACAUGGAGGAGGAUGGCGACGAUGAAAAUGAUGACAACGAUGAUGACGACAGUGAUGAGGAGGAUGACGAUGACAACGACGACGAGGAGGUAGAUAAUGAGGCGGAUGAUGGGGAAGAGGACGGGGGAGACGAAGCAGAAGCAGAUGCAGAAGCCAAUGGAGAGGAGGAAGAUGACGAAGUGGUCGAACCGGACGAUGCAGAUGAUGUUGGCGAAGCAGAGGAGGACACGGGCGAGGUGGAAGAUAGACCACGAAGAAGCAGAAGAAGAAGGAACGAAGAAUCGCGCAACAACAACAGCAGCAAUAACAACACGCUGAACAGCGCACAGAUGGAUACCGAUGAGAACAAUGAAAACUCACUUAAUGAAGGGGUGGACGAAACGGAAGGAAAUUACACCAAUGAGGAGGUGGAGGAAGAGGAAGAAGAAGACGAUAACGAUGAGGAGGAAGAAGAUGACGACGAUGAUGAUAGUGAUGAUAAUGAUGAGGAGGAGGAGGAUGACGAAAUGGAGGAUGAUGUUAUGGAGGAAGAUGACGACGAAGAAGACGUCGAAGAAGAGGAUGACGAUGAAGCCAUGGAGGAGGAAGAAGAAUACGACGAAAUCGACAUGGAAGAGGAGGAAGAGGAUGAUGGAGGGGAAAACGAAAACGAACAUGAUACCAAUAGAGGCCUACACGUACACGCCUACCUCGUGCAAGAUAGAAACGUCAUUGAUGAAGACAACCUUUAUGACAACUCCAGCAAUUUAUUACUCCCCCACGAGGUGGACGAAAAUGAAGAAAACAUAUCACACAUGGGGGAUAACAAUAAUAACAUCGUCUCGAAUUUGGAGUUGGGUUCAGACAGUAGUAACGAUAUGGAUGAAGGGCAGGGGGUCCACAGGAUCAGAGAAAUGGACGAAACGGAGGACGACGACGACAUCGAUGAGGAGGAUGACGAUGAUGAGGAGGACGAUGAGGAUGAUGAAGAUGAUGAUGACGAAGACGAUGACGAAAGUGAUGAUGACGAUGACAGUGAUGAUGAGGAGGACGACGAUGACAAUGAUGACGAGGAAGAAAUUGACGAAGAUGGGGAUGAAGAAGAAAUCAACGCAAAUAACGGCGCCUUCCGAAUUAGCCAAACGGAUGAUAACGGCAGAGCAACGAACAACAACGCAGAUCUCAUCGACACAGAAAUAAACGUGAACAAUUCCCUUCUCACAUGUAAUGAAAAUCAGCACGAAAUUUUAGAUAUUCUGAUGGAGGAGGAUGGUGUAUAUAAUAUUAAUGACGACAUAGACGAGUACAACGAUGACUAUAUGGACGAGGGGGAAAAUAAUAACCGACCAUCUAAUAGUAAUGUUAACAUCGUGGGUAGUGGUAACAACGUCGGAAUCUCUUCGCCGAAUGGGAAUGGUGGUGAAGAUAGGAAUGGCUACUCGGACGGAGCUCACCGGGGAGAUGACAAAAUUGCGAACAGCGAAGUAAUCCAUGAUGACGUAAUUGGAGCCCCCCCAGAUGGGAUAACAAACAGUUUGAACGAUCCUCACGUGGAUUCCCUAUCGGAAGUGAAGAAGGGUGUCUGCAGAGUGAACGCAUCGAGCGCUACUAAUUUGGUCGACGCACAGAACAAGGGCGUUUACAACGAACUGAAAAAUGAACUGGAGAAUAACGGAAUUCACGUGGGUAUAAAUAAUGGGGAAGAGCAAAAUGAUAAUCUCAAUUCAUUACUUAAUGGAAGUUUGAAUACAGGCUUCCCAGUUCCAGUUAGUGGUGCCCCGGGGGAAACAAUUUUCCCUGCACACAUGAAUGAAAUGACCCAUACAGGCGUGAACGUUCUUCCAAACGGGGACAUGAUUAAGGGCGAAAUGAACAAUUUGCCUUCGAUUAACGAACAAGAUGGUGUAGAAAAUGCGGGGGCAGAUAAUAAAGUCGUUCCCAGCAGCGCAACGGCUGCUAUUGUUAAUAAGCAAGAGGAAAAUAGAAAGGGCUCACCACCCACAGGUGCGAAUGCUUCUACAACAGAAAAUGGAAAGAAGAAUGAAUCGGCCGGUGCGCCUGAUAAAAUGCAGACCACUUCCCCCGAAGGAACCACGAACAUAACCAAUGUUAACGAAAAUGAAAUUAACUUGAUAGAUUUGUACUACCAUUUUUACAACAACAAUAAUAGGGAUGUGAAUACCCUGUUGGGCGAAAAUAACAGCAUUUUAUAUUUGAACGAAACGGAAACCAUUCACCCUGCUGUGGUGAAGAGUAGCACAAGUGGGUUGCCAAAUGGACCUACUGCUGAUCAAAACGACGGUGCUGGUGGGGACAGUGUGGAUGCACCAGCAAGUGGAUUACCCACAAAUGAAACAACGCCGAUCGGAUUGCCCCCCGUGGAUACCGCCCCGAUGGAGUUAAGCGAUCCAGACCAAGGAACGCUUCUAAGCAGGAGUAUGGAUAAUUAUGGACCUGUUAAUUACACCCCAACGAGCACUAACAUAUUUGCCCUAAUGGAUAAUCUGUGCUCCAAUUUGUUAACCCUAAAUAGAAGAAGAAACGAACGUUUAAACAACAUGUUGACGACCGGUGUGCACAUCCCCGACGGUGUAAGAAAUAACAACAUUAAUAUCCCCAUGGGAAUCAACGAAGAUUUUAACCUAAGCGGAAGCAUUCCAAAUGAGAACAGCGCAUAUGACCACAGCAACAUGUUGCACGAAAGUGGUUGUACGUAUUACCACCUAAAUCUAGACAGAGUGAACAACUUAUAUUCCCCCCCUAUGUUUAACAACUGCCCAAGUAUGAGAUCCAAUAACGCCACCAACAGAAAUAUGAACCAAACGAAUCACAACCUCCGAAAUUUGUUUAACAUUAUUAGAAACUACAACAUCAGCGAUAAUAAUAUUAACUACACGAGGAAUUCGAAUCCCAUUCUGAAUGACCAGGGUAGGAGGGGAGAAUGCUCAGUGGAAGCAGUGAACCGUGCAAAUGUGAUGAAUGUAGAGAAUAGGGAAGCCCCUGUGGGGGACAUAUUGAACGAAGAGCCGAGCAGCAACGACGCCCCAAAUGUGGGGAACAACCAGGGUGAAGGCCCCCCCCGUGAGGAUGACCCUGGCGUGUCGACCGAUAUGAACAACACCCUAGCGAAUAAAGUCAAAAACGGGAACACUAACAAGGAAAAAAACGAUACAGCGAAGGAGGAAAAGUUUAGCCUUGUCGACACCGUCCUGGAUAAUGAUAAGAAAUUAAAAAGCAGCAUCUGCAACAUGAUGUACAACAGAUUGUGCAAAGCCAUUCCGAAGGUUCAUAUAAAUUUACCCAUUGAAAAUUUACUGGAGGAAAAAAAAAAAAUAAUUCAAAGCAUGCGAAGGAAGGUAGAGGAGAAGAAAGAACUUGGAAGCAAGAAGGAAGCGCAGAGGGGCAAGGCGGGCAAACAGGAGCAGGGAAAAAAAAAUGGCCUUCAAAAAGGGGAUGUGCCUUCGAAGGAGGAGGAAGUGGUGCAGGCGGAAGAAGAAAGGAAGGACACAACAGAGGAGGUGGAAAACCAAGUGGAAAGUCACGUAGAAGAUCACGCAGAAAAUCACGCCCAAGGGGAAGAUAAACAACACGAUAACAACGCUGCUUCCCCCGAGGUAGAAUCCACGCCGAUUGAAAAUGCCCAAGUGCAGAUUGCGCCAACUGAAACGGCUGACCCACCCUUUGAAUCCGUUUUAUAUGACGGCAGUUCCAGCCCCGAUGUUCCCAGCAGUGAUAUAAUGGGCGCAGAUCAGAACAACGCAACUGACCCAAACCAAGCAGACGAGCAGAAUGACAACACUGGCCAAAGUGUCCCCGACGAGGAAGACUACAAAAACAUUAACUACGAAGAUAUUUUCGACAACGUCUUGAAAAUCGAAUCGCUCCUCAUUAUUUGCUGCGCCCUGGGUAUAAACGAAGGCCAAUUCUUCCAACUCCUAAACGUAGAUAGAUCCUUCCUCAUUGAACUUCCAAAUAAUUUAGUCGACGAAAUUAUCGUACAGCAUUUGAAGAAUAUCACCCUAGCGGGGGUAAACGAACUGGCACAGGAAAAUGCCCAGAACGAUAAAAAAAUUUCCAUAGAGCUGUACAAAAAGUAUCUGAAAUUUCAGGAGUUUAGCACGACACACCCAGGAGGACAGCAACCGAACACACAUAACGAAACGAUCAUCGCGGAAACUGACCAACAAAAUGAUCAUCUAAAUGAAAGCGCGAUUACUACUGCACAUGUUGAGGGAAACGCCGAGAGUAACAACGACAAUGGUACAUUAACCAAUCCGGCGGGCGAAACCGUUCAGGAAGUGUCAAAUAAUGAUGAUGCCACAGUUGAGGGGAAUGGCCUCCCAGGGGUGGGCGCCCCAAGCGGGGGAACUGCUACCAACGUGGAAAAUACAACUAACGUGGAAAAUGCAACCAAUGUGGAAACCACAACGAUAAGCGAAGGCGAUAAAAACCUGCUCAUCUACAACAGCAUAAAGAAGAGCUAUCUGGAAGCUCUGCCGUCCAGCGUUCGCGCAGAAAUCAAGAAGAGAAUUAUAGGAAACAAGAACCAGCGAAAUGAAACGCAGGACGAAACGAACAUUGCGUUUAUAGAUUCCUUGACGCCGGAGCUGAGGAGGGACGUGCUGUCCUCCGCCAGCUUAAGAUUCAUAAGAACGCUCACCGAGGAAAUGAUAGAAGAGGCAAGAAAUUUAAGAUUCGUUGUGCUGAACAGCCGAUCGAAUUUGCUAAAUGGUAAUAAUCGAUCUAGGCAAAACGCCGCUACUAACGCGAUCACCGAUGGGGACAACGCAGAUAAUACGGGUUCUAACAUUGGAGGAAGUGGCUCAGGAAAUGCGAACAGCGGCGGAGGCAUUGCAAGUGUGCCCAACGGAAAUGGAAUGAACGCCAGCACAAUGAAUGAGAACCAAAUUGGUGCAAACGAAACUAAUCCAAUUGGCAACAGUGAUAGCGUCAAUCACAGUAGCAGCAACGUCACCGGCAGCGGAGCAUCGACCUCAAAUGGACAAACGGAUAACGCCAAUGUGUCAUCCACCAGAUUGAAUGCAAUCAGAAAUGACAUUCAGGAGAGAAUAACGAACACUGUUUUGAGGAACGCCGUAUCAAACCUAAACAAUAGCAACAACAGCAACAGCAGCAAUAGCAACAGUAACAGAAGCAGCAACAACAAUAACAAUAACAGUGUUCCAGUAAUUAGCAGUGGCAACAGCAGGCAUGCACAGAACAACAUGACCCUGUUUAAUGUGCUCAGUAGAGCCAAUGCCAAUAGUAGGAGGCGUUUGAAUGCAUCCCUAAGAAAUUCGCUCUCGUCGGGAACACAGAGGAACAACUUUAUCAGGAUAACAUACAACGAAAAUAACAACCCCAUAAUUAUGAUUAAUACGGGUCAUGAAAACUAUGACAGUUUGACCGUUUCUCGUUUCUUGGAUCACUUUCUUGGUGGCCGAUCGUUCAACGGGGCAAUUUCUAACCUGCCGCUAUCUGACAGUGCAGGCAUUAGUGCUAGUUUUUCGCUCAUUCCGACAAAUCGAGGUGGUGAAAACAGUAAUGAGGAUGGCAGCAGUGGUAAUAACAAUGGUGGGAGCAGCGGCCAUGGCAGGAACAACGCAGGUAACAGUGGCAACGCGGGCGGAAGCAAUCACCUUGGUACAAGUCACCGCAGCGGAAAUAACAACAAUGCUGGUAGUGGAAACAACAGUAUGAACGAAACGAGGCUGUUCUUUAGUCAGGAAAAUCGACUGAAUAAUGUGGAUCCCAAUUUCAAUCUGCUCAAUGACGACAAGUUUGCAGAGAAGGAAGAUGAUAUAACGUUAAGUAAGUAUUUAAAGAAUUUAUUUCCAACGAAGAACAAAGCAGAUGCAGACAGCUCCAAAAGUAACGCCCUCUAUGUUUGUUUAGAAGAACCCGUAUCAUCGCAGGCUCUGAUUGACAUUUGCAGAUUACUGUUUUUAAAAAAAGAGAUCAACAAAAAGAUCAUGUUUACCCUCUUUUGCAACUUAACGUGUUCGUAUCAGAAGACUAAAAUUUGUGCGUUGCAAUUAUUUAUGAACAUUUUAUGGUCUGCUUCUGUUGACUUGCAUGGGAAGAAUAAUGCCCCUCGAGUGGUAGCUCUGCGGGAGGUUGUUAAUUUCCCCCCGAAAAUGCUUUACCACAAUGUGAAUAAGAAGAACUAUGGACUUUUUUCGGAUAACUAUUUUACCACUGCGUAUGUAUCGGCAGAGAGGGUACUAGAACAAGUGCAGUCGUUACUUAUUACCAUUCCACAUAUUACUUCGUUCUUUUCCAUGUUGCUUGUACACCCCGCGUUUUUCGUGCCCAAGGAUAUUAACGAGAGUAAAGUUGUAGGGCCGAAGAAGGGUGGAAGUGGUGAAUCGAGGAAGGGCUCCAGCAGUAGUGUGUUCGUGGAAGAUCCCCCAGAUAUGGCGCACACAUUGGCACGCAAAAAGGAAGAACCCAUGCAAGGUAACGCGAACAAAAUUAACGACGACGAGGCGGCCAUUCUGCAGUACGAACUGAAGAGGAAGCGACCCAAGAUGGACCAGAAAAACAGUUCCAGCGCGUUGACACUGUGCACAAAAAUAGAACACCCCAAACAAGUGGAUAAGUCGAAGAGUGAGUACCCAAUUAACAUCCUAUUUAAGCUGCUAAAUUCGUUCAUAUAUUUAACGUCGAAAAAACUGAUGAGCCACCUCUUGUCGGUCAUUUUCAAUCUUCUAAUUAACUGCGGGAAGAAGUGGCACACGUAUAGCAACUUCACCAAGUGGGUGUACACGGAAAAUUUGGAAGAACUUCUCGAUGCCGAAAAUGCUAACAAGGAUGAGGAGGUUAAUGCUAAAAAGAACGACGACACGAAGAACAACGACGUGAACAAUAACGACACAAGCAAUAACGACCCAAACAACAACGACGCUAUAAACAACGCCAAUAAUAGCCAAAGUGGAAGAAGCAACAGCGGCAAUAAGAGGAACACAGCGAAUAAAGGCAAAAAGCAGAAGCAGCACAGUAGUAACUUAAAAGAGUUCUACCACUCCUCAUCGAAAAUUAAUAGAGAGCUACUAAUGAGCAUUAGAAAUAUAAAAAAGAAUGAACCAGAUAGUAGUAGGAAAGAUUCUACGAAGAAGCCAUUUUACCUGUUAGAAGUCAUAUCAGUAGAUGCCCUGAGUAAUUUGAGCAAACUAAUCUGCAACUACAAAACAAAUUUUCUAUGGAUCAACAGUAAUAGUAACAAUAACAAUAAUGCGAAUAACCCUGCUAAUAAUAAUAACCUGGAACAAGUGCACAAGCAAGACAUUUCCUCACUAACGCAAAUUAUCGUCAUGUUCUUUUCGCAUUACAAGCUAAAAAAAUGGGCCAUUCAAUCAUUGAAAUAUCAUACCCACGUUUUGAUCAAAAGAAUUAUUUAUGACUUGAGAAAAAUUGUUCACUCCAUACACAACAAAACUUUUGAUGUUUACGCAGUUGAUCAUUCGGAUAGUUUAGAACAAAAGCUGAUUGCAUUUUAUCGUGUCAUUACCAUUUUAUUUAACGCUCCUUCGUUGAUUGAUAAUCUGAUUAACAGGAGUGAGGGAAAUAAAAAUUCCAGCGUCCAGGAGAUUAGCAGCAGCAACUCCCCUUCUAAGGAAGUAGUAGAUUCCAAUGCUGACAGUACGUCUGCUCCUCCAAAUGGGGACGCCGCAGCGGUGAGUGAAGUUGCUCCGGGUGACAUCACCACAGGUGGUGCUGCUGGGGGGGACAGUCAUACUGAUGAUAAUGUAAUAAAACAUUCGACGGAGAAGAAGAACGCAGAAGAAGAAACCAAGUUUGACAUUUGCGCCGAUUUUUUUCUCUCCAUUAAUAUUGAUGCGCUCUGGGAAGAAUUCAACAAAGCCAUGCAGGUAAUCAACAACGCGCUCAUAGAUAAGAAUUACAAAUUUACACACAACAAUAGGGGCAACAUGCAGUUCCCGUCGGAGGGAGGAGAAACGCAGCAGAAUAAUGAAAAUAUGCUACUACUACCCAACAGACAUGGGGAGAACAAGGCAGGAAAAACAACAACCGCAGAAGAGAUAAACAAAUCGUUCUUCGACUUGGAUUCCUCCUCCAGCGAAACGUCCGAACAGGGGAAUGCCAAUUCGGUGACUUCAGGAACACCACAAGGUGAAGAACCUCUUCCACGCAGCGGAGCAGAAAAUGUUGACAGCAUUGCAGAGGAAAGGUCCAACCAAAACGGAGAUAAUAACGCCAACAGCAACAGCAACCCGGUGGAAGAUAAAAAGAAAGAAAGUGAAGAUGAUCCACCCCCAACCAUUUUAAACUACCUCCUACCACUGAUGGAAGCCUACCUCUUCAUCGAAGAAGUAAUUCUAGUAUCCCAAUAUAAGUUGAAAAAAUUCAAAGACUUGGAAAAAAAAGUCGCAAAUUUAAACAUCGAAAGUAUAAAAAUUAAUGAGAAGUUGGCUUAUGACGAUAGUCCCUUUUAUAUUAGCAUAUAUCAUAAGAAGGAGAAACGGUCGGAGGGUUAUUCCACCGGGGGGAACCUCAAAUUGGGAGAAUUCAACCCUGCCAACGGGGCAAGUAGCAACCUUUCCAACAAGGUGAAAAGGAUGAAGGAAGUAAAUGCAUCGUCAGACGAGGAGUUGCAAAAGGAAGGGCAACACAAAAAGGAGCAAAUUAGUAUAACACAUAUGCAAGAAGAAGCCGACAGCAACGCAGCCCAAUUUAACCAGCAGCAUAAUGACGAUAAUGCGAACGCGCAACAAGGCAAAGGCGUGAUAAACAAAAGGGAAGAAAUGAUGGGAUACCUUGUAAAUGACGCAGAGGAAGGGAAGAAAGCUAAGUCAGGUGAAUUUCUCACCAGCGAAAAGAGCAGAGUUAGCAAUUCCCAAAAUGGUGACCAUGUAGAGGAACCAUCGCAACAGCAGGGUGCAGAAGUCGGGCACUACAUGGAUGAGUACGUUGGCGAAGACGCGGAAGAGGAAAUGAUGAUGCGUGCGUUCGGCGAUACCGCCAGUGACAAUUGCGAUGACAACGAUGACGACGAGUACAUACAGAUUAAGCUGGAGGACAACGAAGGAAGCAUCAACGGACGACACAAGAAGCUAAUUAAGUUUGUGUAUAUAAACAGGAGAGUAAUUAACAGUCUGAUCAAGCAAACCCCGAUACUGCUGCACCACAACUUUAAGUCGCUCAUAAAACUGACUUCGUCCUGCAUCAACUUCGAAAACAAGAGGCACUACUUAAGGAAGAAAUUGAAGCACCUCAAAUCAGGAGUUAGAAGUGAGCCAAUCCGUUUGAACAUAAGAAGAGAAAAGGUGUUCACCGAUUCGUAUUACCAACUGAGAAACAAAUCUGGUAAUGACUUAAAAGGAAAAUUAGUAGUUACUUUCAAAAAUGAGGAAGGAGUAGAUGCAGGGGGAUUGACUAGAGAAUGGUACUCCAUCCUAGCCAAAGAAAUUUUCAACCCCAAUUAUGCUUUAUUCUGUCGGGAAGGAAAGAAGAGCGAAUUUAACCAUCCAAACCCGCUAUCGUACAUUAACCCGGACCAUUUGCACUUCUUCAAAUUUGUGGGUAAAUUUAUCGCAAAGGCUAUUUAUGAUGGGCAAGUGAUAGAUGCCUAUUUUUGCAGGUCCUUUUAUAAGCACAUGCUUGGAAGGAAAAUCCUCCCAGCGGAUGCAGAAUCGGUGGACCCAGAAUUUUACAACAGUCUCAUCAAAAUUGCAGAGUACAAAUUGGAAGAUCUAAAUUUGGAGAUCAACUUUAGCACCGAAAUUGACGAAUUUGGAAAAACGAAAAUUAUCGACCUCAUCCCCAAUGGUAGAAACAUCCCAGUGACAGAUGAAAAUAAAAACAAGUACAUUGAGCUUCUAUGUGAAAUGAAAGUAACCAACAGUAUAAAGGAACAGUUAGAAGCUUUUAUGGAUGGUUUCAAGGAAUUAAUUCAGCCAAAACUUAUCUCCAUUUUUGACGACAAAGAGUUAGAAUUACUCAUUAGUGGUAUUCCCACCAUAGAUCUGAACGACCUAAAGGAGAAUGUGGAAUACCACAACUAUUCACCUAACUCGAUUCAAAUUAUUUGGUUAUGGGAUGUGCUCCAAGAAUUUGAUGAAAAUAAAAAAGCCUCUUUCUUACAGUUCGUUACUGGAACGAGUAGAGUACCCCUAGGUGGUUUUAAAAAUCUCAUGGGAAUGAGAGGUGCACAGAAGAUGAUUAUUUACAGGGCCUACGGGGAAGAUCGCCUCCCCACUGCCCAUACCUGCUUCAACCAACUGGACCUACCUGAGUAUUCUUCCAAGGAGUUGUUAAGGAGCAAAUUAAUUAGGGCCAUCAUGGAAGGAAAGGAAGGCUUCGGAUUUAUAUAA